AUGUCCGCUAGUGCUGUUGUGCUUUUUCUACUCCUAAACCUGUACGCCCAACUGGGCCAUGUACAGUGUGCUGUGGAUCCUUACCCUGGUAAGAAGGUUUGUGGAUUAGGGCUCACUGGAAUGAUUUCCUCAGUCAAAACGUGGAUAAAAGCGGCCGAAAGUUGUCCUGUUCACAAACUGUGCGAAACCAAAAACCAUAUAAUGCAGUACCAACAGGCACGCAUCCGGUGUACGAUUCUGGCGAAAAAACAACCACCUCCACCUCCAGCGGUGGUUGUGCAAAGGGAGUUGCUGCCGAAAAUUGAAACGGCCAUGACUAGUUUGCAAGCCAUGUUCGAACCAACGAAGGCAGACCUAACGAAGCUGGACAAGGUGCUCGAUCAGCAGCUGCGUGACGCCUGGAAUGAACUGGCCGCACUGCAAACGGAAGUUUUCCACAGUACGAUCACCUCGGGCCGGAUCGAACGGGCUAUGUUCUACAGCAUCCUCGAGGAUGGCAACAAUCCACAGCCGGACGUUCAACCCACUAACGUACAGGAACUGUUGAAGUAUGCUUGGGCAUUGCCGUUUCGCACCUCGCAACGAAAUAUGUACAAGUUGAUCGAGAAGGUGGUACGCGAAGCCCAUGACCCACUGCUCGAAACGCUCUACACUGUCGAUGUGGCCAAUGUCGCCAAUCCGGUGCUGGGCAGUCAAGAGCAACUGUUCAAUGACCAUUUAGAGCGCCUAAGGCGCAACCUGACAGCGAACUCGUACGACACGCUCGUUUCCAUUGCAAGACGCUUCCCGGACCGUUUCGCCUACCUGAACGAACGGUUGCUUAAGCUACCCGAAGGCACCAAACCCCAGCCGGACACACUUCCCAGCGUGGUCAACUUUAUCGGACAGCUUCCUACUGCUCAGCAGCGCUUUAAGGCGGUGGAGGUGCUGCUACAGUCACUCACGGUCGAAAAUGGUACGCUCGCUUCGGACGCGGAGUAUGUGUAUCCGCUAGCGAAAUUAGCCAACGGUUUGGGCAGUCUGAUGGAUUCGAAAAAGUACACCGGCGCAGAUGAAGUGAGGGACAAAUUUAACACCCCGGUCAGUGGAAAGUCGGCACAAUAUUUCAAGCAGCUACUUGUCAGCCCCUCCUCCAAGGUAGUCGCCUAG